UAUCCUACACACCUACUAAUUCAAAUCAUCUUCAUUCUACUUGCCUAAAUAUUGACAAAUUAAUAGAAGAAAGUAAAGCACUUAAGAAUGAAAAUAUAGUACUUAAGAACGAAAAUAAUUUGCUAAAAUCUCAAAUUUUAGUAGUGAAGGAAGAACUAGAUACUUAUAAAAAUCCUGGAACAUAUAAUUUGCAUUUGGCUUUUAAGUAUCUGGAUUUAUGCCUUCCAUCUACCAAAAAUUUACAAAUAGUUACUGAGAAUCAGACAGAGUCUAAAUUAUUUCCUCUUUGA